CUUGGUGCGUGAAAUUCGAACAAGGAGCGCAGGCUUUCAAACAACCUUCGUUUUAACAGAUCUGGCGACGUGAGUGCGGGCUUCUACUCUGAAAAUGACAACCACAGAUAUACCUUUGGGAAUUGAAGAAGGGAAACCAUCCUCUCGGGUGCUGAGACCCCCAGGAGGUGGUUCAAGCUUCAGCCUGGGAGGUGCAGACCCUGCCCCACUCCCUCAGAAGCCACGUCAGUCUGCCAGUGAUGCAAGCCCCGCUACGGAGACUUCAUCACCGGCAGUGACGAAAGCAACACCAACACCAGAUAAUACAAAACCUGAUGGAAAGGCGGCAUCUUUCAAGCCAGUGGAAAACUCACACUCCAGAAUUUUUGGAGAUGCUGGCCCUGCCACUGGAUCCCCAUCACGUGGACGAGAUUUGUCCAAAGGAGCAUCAGCCUUCAACCCGAUAACAGGAGAGGUGUACCCAGGCUUCGAACAUAUUGUCACAGACAUAGAUAGCAUACUAUUUGGGAGGUCACCCAGUCGAGCAGGUGCAAGCCCUGUAACUGGACAACAAACUAAAACACCGGAGCAGCCUUCAACAAAAGUACGCCAGCCUCCCGGAGGAUUCAGCCAUGGCAUAUUUUGAGGAUAAGCCCAUCGAUAGGAAUAAGGACUCAACAGUUUGCUUACUUGUACCUUAGCUAGCAUGUAGUAUAACCCAAAUUUGGUGCCUGUGAGAAAAGGAUUCUUAACAUUAUAUAUUCAAUUGCUGCCAUCUUUAAGCAAAGAAUGUAAAAAAGGAGAUGGAUUUCUGCUUUCACUGUAUUGUAGCUGAAAAUGAAGAGUAGAAAUUAUGCAUGCUGUGUUAAGAUAUAUCAUUGUUAAUAGUUUAUUUUCGAAUGCCUUUGAGAUGACUUGGUUGUGUGACAGUCCCUCUCCUUAAGGUGAUUUCUGGGCUAUAUCCUGACAUUGGGAACAAGGUACUCUGUGACAAGUUCUGUGAUAAAUCAUAUGCCAUUAUUUUGUCAUUUCAUAUUGACUAGAUUGGGUUAUUUAAAAAAAAAAAUAACUUCCUGUAUAAAUUUAAAUCAUGUAUGAACCUUAGAUUUAGAUAGCCCGGGUUGGUAAUUCGUGUAUAGUCCUGACAGAAGUUGACGUAAGACAAGAUCAACCAAAUUUUCUAGUGGUGCAUCAAUUGGCUGCAAGGUCGCUUCUGCUCUCUUUCACAUUGGAAAAGUAUCCGCAAAGUUCUAGCACGGCUGUGUUAGUAGUUGAUGGAUAGUUUUUUUCCGUGAAUUAUGUGUCAGGCGUGUUAAGAUAUUCCCUUUUUAUCAACAAUUGUAACAUUUCCAAAGUGAUAAAGUAGUGACAAGGUGCACUGUCAUCCCAUUCCAAUAUUCCUAAUAUACCUCUUGUUUAACAUUUCCAUGAUUAUAGAUCGAUAAUGCCAGUGCUGUGUACCCUGUGGGCAAUUUUUCCAUCAAGGGUAUAAAUGAUGAACUUGCAUGUUCACCCACCAACUGCUGCUUUAGGUUGAUUCUGAUGAUACCAGCCUCAAGUGUUCCAUAUACAGCUUCUCUGCGAAAUUUAGUUAAACGUUUUUAUAUGACCGGAAGCCUUGUUUUGGAUGAAUUGCAACAUUUGAUAUCAUAAAUAAAUGGCUAAUUUAUCUGUUAUACCGACACAUUUCUUUCAUUAUUUGAACAGAGUAAUAGGGUAUACGGUUAUAAUUUAUGGUUAUAUAAAGAAAUAAAGUUUUAUCAGCUUUAUGCAUGGGAUUGUAGAGAAUACUGUUAAUAUGGAACUAAACGUGAGAACGCUCUACGCCGAAUUUUCAAAAUUGCAUUUCAAAUCCGGUGAAAUUGAAUUAAUUUCACUGAAGUUUCCGGUC